AGCCAAAGCGGACUAACGGUUAUUUCUUUAUAAAACAAUGACUGUCAGUCAGGAAUAACAUAAAUGUUCGUCCAGAGGAGAAGGAGACGCUAUAUUUUACCAAGGACCGUCGCUGAAAAUCGUAUGACAAAAGCAACAGCGAAGGUAGCGGCUGACAGGUGCCGCCGCUUGUGUUGAGCUGCGGCUGUUUGGUGAAGAUGCCCCCGGUUCACAGGACCAUGUCAGACCUACGUCCCCGCGCUGACGGCUAUGAAAAGACUGAGGAUGCGUCAGAGAAAACCUCUCUCGCUGACCAGGAGGACGCCAGAUUAAUAUUCAUCAAUCAACCUCAGUUUACAAAGUUCUGCAAUAACCGUGUCAGCACAGCUAAGUACAACUUUCUCACCUUCCUGCCGAGGUUCCUCUACUCCCAGUUUAGAAGAGCAGCCAACUCCUUCUUCCUUUUCAUCGCCCUGCUGCAGCAAAUUCCAGAUGUUUCUCCGACUGGCCGAUGGACCACGCUGGUGCCCUUGCUCUUCAUAUUAGUGGUGGCAGCAGUGAAGGAGGUGAUCGAAGACCUGAAACGUCACAAAGCUGACAAUGUUGUAAACAAGAAAGAGACUCACGUGCUGAGAAAUGGAGCCUGGGAGAUUGUGCAUUGGGAGAAGGUGGCAGUAGGGGAGGUAGUCCGAGCCUCGAACGAAGAUCACCUCCCAGCCGACCUCAUCAUACUCUCAUCCAGUGAACCUCAAGGAAUGUGUUAUAUAGAAACCUCCAACCUGGAUGGAGAAACCAAUCUUAAAAUCAGACAAGGCCUGCAAAUUACCUCUGAGAUAAAGGACAUUGACAGUCUAAUGCGCCUGUCUGGUCGUAUGGAGUGUGAAAGCCCAAACAGACAUCUGUACGAGUUUGUAGGCAAUAUCCGUCUAGAUGGACACAGCACAGUACCACUGGGUCCAGAUCAGAUCCUCCUGAGAGGGGCUCAGCUGAGAAACACUCAGUGGGUACACGGCAUCGUGGUCUACACAGGGCACGACACCAAGCUCAUGCAGAACUCCACCCGUCCUCCUCUGAAGCUGUCCAACGUGGAGCGCAUUACCAACUUUCAGAUCCUGGCCCUGUUCGGUUGUCUGCUGACCAUCUCUCUGGUGUGCUCUAUCGGACAGACAAUCUGGAAGUACCAGUACGGCAAUGACGCCUGGUACAUGGACCUCAACUAUGGUGGAGCAGCAAACUUUGGGCUCAACUUCCUUACCUUUAUCAUCCUGUUCAACAACUUGAUUCCUAUUAGCCUGCUGGUGACACUGGAGGUCAUCAAGUUCAUUCAGGCCUACUUUAUUAACUGGGACACUGACAUGCUGUUUGAAGCCACCAACACUCCAGCCAUGGCUCGAACAUCCAACCUGAAUGAAGAACUGGGCCAGGUGAAGUACAUCUUUUCAGACAAAACGGGAACACUGACCUGCAAUGUGAUGCAGUUUAAGAAGUGUACCAUCGCUGGCGUGGCUUAUGGUCACAGGUAUGAAGUGGAGGAUUGUAGUUUUGCCGAGGAGGACUGUCACAGCUCUCAGUCGAUGGAGGAAGCAGGAUUUAAUGACCCCAGCUUACUGGAAAACCUCCAAAGCAAUCAUCCCACCGCUCCUGUGAUCAUGGACUUCAUGACUAUGAUGGCGAUCUGUCACACAGCCGUUCCUGAACGCACUGAUGACGCAAUCACCUACCAGGCUGCCUCUCCAGAUGAAGGAGCUCUGGUUCGUGCAGCAUGCAACCUUGGCUUUGUUUUCAGCGCCAGGACUCCAGACAGCGUCAUUAUCGAGGCGCUUGGUGAGGAGGAGAGGUUUGAGCUGCUGCAUGUGUUGGAAUUCACAAGUGCCAGGAAGAGGAUGUCGGUCAUCAUGCGCACACAAUCUGGAAAGAUCCGUCUCUACUGUAAAGGAGCUGACACAGUCAUCUAUGACCGCUUGGCAGACAACUCCAGAUUUAAGGAUAUCACACUGAAACAUCUGGAGCAGUUUGCUACAGAGGGUUUGCGUACGCUGUGUUUUGCCGUGGCAGACGUAUCAGAAUCAGUAUAUCAGCAGUGGCAGGAGGUUUAUCAUCGAGCCUGCACCUCCCUGCAGAACAGAGCGCUCAAAAUGGAAGAAAGUUAUGAGCUCAUUGAAAAGAAUCUGCAGCUGCUGGGGGCCACCGCGAUCGAGGACAAGCUGCAGGAUCGAGUUCCUGAAACCAUUGAGACUCUAAUGAAGGCUGACAUUAAGAUCUGGAUCCUGACCGGCGACAAGCAGGAGACCGCCAUCAAUAUAGGACACUCCUGCAAGCUGCUCACCAAGAACAUGGGACUGCUGGUGAUUAAUGAGGAGACUCUGGAUGGUACGAGGGAGACCCUGAGCCACCACUGCAGCAUGAUGGGAGAUGCUUUACAUAAGGAGAACGACUGUGCGCUGAUCAUCGACGGGAAGACCCUGAAGUACGCCCUGACCUUUGGAGUGCGGCAGUACUUCCUUGACCUUGCGCUCUCCUGCAAGUCUGUCAUAUGCUGCAGGGUCUCUCCGCUGCAGAAGUCUGAGGUGGUGGAAAUGGUGAAAAAGCAGGUCAAAGUCAUUACCCUUGCCAUUGGCGAUGGCGCCAACGACGUUGGUAUGAUCCAGAGUGCUCAUGUGGGUGUCGGCAUCUCAGGAAAUGAGGGACUGCAAGCUGCCAACUCUUCUGACUACUCUAUCGCUCAGUUUAAGUACCUGAAGAAUCUCUUGUUGGUCCAUGGUGCGUGGAACUACAACCGCGUCGCUAAGUGCAUCUUGUACUGCUUCUACAAGAACAUUGUGCUGUACAUUAUCGAGAUCUGGUUUGCCUUUGUGAACGGCUUCUCUGGUCAGAUUCUUUUCGAGCGUUGGUGCAUCGGCCUGUAUAACGUGAUCUUUACAGCUCUGCCACCUCUAACACUGGGCAUUUUUGAGCGCUCCUGCAGAAAAGAGAACAUGCUCAAAUACCCAGAAUUGUACAAGACAUCCCAGAAUGCCCAGGGCUUUAACACCAAGGUCUUUUGGGCUCAUUGUCUGAACGGACUCUUCCACUCAGUCAUUCUGUUCUGGUUCCCCCUCAAAGCCUUUCAGCAUGAUACCGUCUUUGGGAAUGGAAAAACUCCAGACUAUCUGCUUCUGGGGAACAUGGUGUACACAUUUGUGGUGAUCACUGUGUGUCUGAAGGCAGGGUUAGAGACUUCAUCCUGGACUAUGUUCAGUCAUAUAGCCAUCUGGGGCAGCAUUGGAUUGUGGGUAGUGUUCUUUGGCAUCUACUCGUCUUUAUGGCCGCUCAUCCCUCUGGCACCAGAUAUGUCAGGAGAGGCAGAUAUGAUGUUCAGCUCUGGAGUGUUUUGGAUGGGAUUGAUCUUCAUUCCCAUCACGUCUCUGGUGUUUGACUUGGCCUACAAAGUUAUAAAGAAGGCAUGUUUUAAGACGCUGGUGGAUGAGGUUCAGGAACUAGAAGCUCUGUCGAAAGACCCCGGUGCUGUGGUUCAUGGGAAAAGUUUGACUGAGAGGGCCCAGCUUCUGAAGAACGUGUUUAAGAAGAGCACGGUCAGCCUGUACCGCUCCGAAUCCACGCAGCAGAAUCUACUCCACGGCUACGCCUUCUCUCAGGAUGAGAAUGGAGUCGUCUCCCAAUCAGAGGUCAUCAGGGCCUACGACACCACCAAGCAGCGGACCAACGAGUGGUGAGAUCCGGCCUCCUCGGCCCGGCCCCUACGUGCCUCUGCCAUCAGUCAAUCCUUUAAAGCUGACGGAAGCUGAAGCCUGUCAGUUUGAUUUUCUCCAGCUCUCUGGCUGAAACUGAAGCAUUGUGGGAAAAAAUGAAUCAGAGUGAAAUAAGGUACUAAAAAAAGGCAGAAAUAAAAUUGGAAGGAACUUGUUUAUUAUGUUGAUGUGAAGCUGUCACACUGCAGCACUGUAGCUGUGUGUGUGUAGUCAGCAGACACAGUU